UUUAUGACUUCCUGUUGAUGUUCACCGGUACCACAUCAUCACUGAAUUCUCUUUUUAUUUGAUCAAAAUGCACAUCAUGAGGAAAGACAAGAAGGAGGAGGAAGAAGGAGGAGGAAAUCCAUUCCACAAUUUGGAGAAGACGGCAGUUCUCCAGGAGGCCAGGACAUUUAAUGAGACCCCAAUCAAUGCCAGAAAGUGCUGCCAUAUUCUGACUAAAGUUCUCUACUUGAUCAAUCAGGGAGAGCAGAUUGGAUCAACAGAAGCUACGGAGACUUUCUUUGCCAUGACAAAACUUUUUCAGGCCAAGGAUCCCAUUCUGCGAAGGCUGAUGUACCUUGGAAUAAAAGAAAUGUCCAAGAUUGCUCAAGAUGUCAUCAUUGUUACUAGCAGUUUGAUGAAGGACAUGACAGGAAAAGAUGACCAGUUUAGGGGACCAGCUAUCAGAGCUCUGUGUUCCAUCACUGAUAACACUAUGCUACAGAGUAUAGAGAGAUAUAUGAAGCAGGCCAUUGUGGACAAGAACCACGCUGUGUCCAGUGCAGCUCUCGUAUCCUCCCUGCACCUGAGUAAAGGAAGCUCCGAGGUGGUCAAGCGGUGGGUGAACGAGGCACAGGAGGCCGUGUCCAGUGAUAACAUAAUGAAUCAGUACCAUGCUUUGGGUCUUCUUUACCACAUCAGGAAGUAUGAUCGUCUGGCUGUCACCAAGUUAGUCAGCAAGUUCAGCAAGCACUCUCUCAAGUCCCCGUAUGCCUACUGUCUGCUGAUUCGUAUUGCCAGUAAACUGAUGGAAGAGGAGGGAGCAGGAACUGAGAGUCCUAUGUUUGACUUCAUUGAGAACUGUCUUCGACACAAGAGCGAGAUUGUCAUCUACGAAGCUGCUCAUGCUAUUGUGAAUUUGAAGAACACCACAGCCAAGGAGCUGGCCUCCGCUAUUCCAGUUCUUCAGUUGUUCUGUAGCUCACCAAAGCCUACACUGAGGUUUGCUGCCAUCAGAACUCUUAACAAGGUUGCAAUGAAGCACCCAGCUGCAGUGACGGCCUGUAAUAUGGAACUAGAAAAUCUGAUCACAGACUCUAACAGAAGCAUUGCGACACUGGCCAUCACAACACUGCUCAAGACUGGUAACGAGAGCAGUGUGGACAGAUUGAUGAAGCAGAUUUCCAGUUUUAUGAAUGAAAUCUCGGAUGAAUUCAAGAUAGUUGUUGUACAGGCCAUUCAAUCACUGUGUUUGAAGUUCCCCAGAAAGCAUAAUGUGUUGAUGAACUUUCUGUCUUCCAUGCUAAGAGAUGAGGGAGGAUUUGAAUACAAGAAAGCCAUCUGUGACAGCAUCAUCACAAUCAUCGAGGAAAAUGCUGAUGCCAAAGAAGCUGGUUUGGCCCACUUGUGUGAGUUUAUUGAGGACUGUGAACACACUGUACUGGCCACCAGAAUCUUACACCUGCUGGGGAGGGAGGGACCCAGAACCCCCACCCCCUCCAAGUACAUCCGCUUUAUCUACAACAGGGUCAUCCUGGAGCAUGCCCCAGUCAGAGCAGCUGCAGUAUCAGCUCUGGCCAAGUUUGGAGCCCAUUGUGAGGAAUUAUUACCUAGCUGUAUUGUACUCUUAGAAAGGUGCCUGUUGGACACAGAUGAUGAAGUUCGAGACAGAGCCACCUUCUAUGUUCAAGUCCUCCAUCAAAAACAGAAGGCUCUUAACUCUGCCUACAUACUCAAUGGUUUACAGGUGUCUGUAGUCGGACUAGAGAGAGCCCUCCACCACUACACAUUGGAGCCCUCAGAACAACCAUUCGACAUGAAGUCUGUACCACUGGAGACCACACCUAUCACAGAACAGAAGGCUGUGAGGGAGCCAGGUGAAACGGCGGCACCUAAAGCAGAAAAAGUGGCAGCUUCCAGACAAGAUGUUUACGCAGAGCAACUGAGAGCCAUACCAGAGUUUGCUAAUCUGGGGAACUUGUUCAAGUCGUCGUCUUUGCCCGUGGAACUCACAGAGUCAGAAACAGAGUAUGUGGUACAGUGUAUCAAACACACCUUUGGACGAUACAUUGUAUUCCAGCAAAAGAAUGUUGAUGAAAAUUUUAAUGAGCAACAUCACGUAUCGCUAUCGGCCAUUGCAGCAAGUGAGGCAAGGUUGACCAGAGGAAAUGAGACCACCACUUCCAAAACGGCAACCAUAAGUAGACCUCAUUUUGACAAGUUUAAGGCUUAUGAUGAACAGAUGUCAGCCUUUGAGUCCAGUGUUGCAGAUGUGUUGUCUGUUAAUGCACGAGAUAAUGAUUUUGAGGAUAUAGAGUCAAAUGCAUCAUUUGGUGGUUUGUGUACCAAUUCAGAUGCGGCUGUAGAGGUGCCUUUUGGUGCACCAGAUUCUUCUGAUCCGCUACAGUGGAAUGGUUUUGUUUCAAAGAUGGCGAAAGUACUCAAUAUUGAGUUUGAAGCUGAGGAUCCAUUGGAAAAUGAAAGAAAAUCUUUUAUUUCUUCGCGAUUGAAAGGGGACAAGGGUGACAAGAAUAAGUCUCUCCUUAAAAUGCCUAUUGAAGGCACACUCAUUGAUAUGAUUAAGACAGUUGAGAAAGAAGCUACUUCUGGACAUUUGAAAAAUAGGUCAGUCCGUGGCAGGGAUGAUAAGGCAUUUAUGGUUAAGAAGGAUGACUUUGAUGCCUUUUGUAGUCCUCCAAAGUUGGAUGACAAUAUUGAGGAGGGAUUAGUGGUAGGCCAGAAGGGGAGUUUUGGAAAAUCCAAAGUGAAUCUUUCUCCCUUUCAUAAGGAGUUAGACAAUGACUUUCGGCGAAUUGACAAGAGCCUUAUUCAGAGCCAUUUCAUAUGGCACUAUGAUAGCAGCUUUCUUAGAUGA